AUGUCCCCGAAGUCAUGGACGCUUCAGGACACCUGUUGCAGUCUUUUCCCGCAAGGGCGGGGUAUCAAGAGUGUCAUCGGCAAAGGAUGGAAGCUAGAGGAUGCCACGGCGAGAUUCAACUCAAUCCAGAAAGAAGAGCCACAAAUUCAUGCUGAGAUCCAGCUGCUGAUGUAUCUAGCUCAGCAGGAGUCAUCGCAAAGCUCUCGUCAGGAAUCUAACGGGUUGAUGUAUGGCUACAUCGGCUGCAGCAAGAAGUCCUGCUAUCUUUGCAACGAGUUCAUCAAGCAAUACGACCCUUCCUUUCGGACCCAAGGGUCCCAUGGCGCUCUCUUCAGUCAAUGGACCGUUCCACACCUUGAGACAAGCGGCGACAUUGGCGGUGCUUCUGUUCGCAUUGCACGGGCACUUCAUCAAGUCGAACAAAAUCUGGUAUCCCUUGUCAGGAAGGAUAAAACGGGCAAAGUCCAGAUUGCUGCAGUGAAACAAUCAUCAGUGGGUGGCUCUUCUUGUGGAACCACAUUGCCAGGUGGCAAGGGCGACAUCUCGGAAUGGGCGCAACUCUUGGCCAGUUCGCAUUUGGUUGAGGAGAGAAUGUGCAACAUGAUGAACAUCCGAACGUUAUUCGAAGCGGACAGCGUCGCAGAAAACACCGAGGUUGAGCUGGAGCAACAGCUCUUGAGCUCUUUUAGGGACGAUCAUGUCUUCUCGGAGCCACCGGCAGCUUCUCAUGCUGUACCAUGUGACUCCUUUGAAGCUGAUUAUUUCCUCGACCUGUCCGCAGUGAGGGAUGAGAUUCCGGAUGAUCCUGAUGUGCUCGAAAAGUUUGGAUUCAUGGAAUGCCGAGAUUACAACGAAAGAAGUUUCCUUCUGGGGCUUUAUCAGGGUUUGCUGAAUGGCCUGGAGGUAGACGUGCUGGUAAUCAACUCGUGGAUGGAGGACGGCACUCUGAAGGAGAACAUCAUCAAGACAUAUGAGGAGCGCCCUCAGGGUAAUCGUGGUGAAUACUACCCCUGGUUUUUGAGGCAGGCGCAUCUGCUGAACCCAAAUCCCGAAGAAGAUAAUACUGUGAGCGAUGCAGAAAUGUAUCUUCGACACCUGGACACGGCCCGGGGGCGACAUCUUAACCUCGAAGACCAAGGAAUUCCUGUCGAGGAGCUCAGCCCGUGGACCAAGCGUGAGAGCCUGAGGUUCUUCGGUAUUCUUUCAAUGAACGCAUACCCCCAUCCGAAUAUGGCACGUGUGUGGUUCAACUUAGGAUUCUGCGUUUGUCAUGAAGAGCAUCACCAACGCGUUCUUGGUACGCUGUACAGUAGUCUGGUCUAUGGGAACAAGAUGAUGGAUGAUAGUGAUGACGCCUUGGAAAUUGGCCAAAGCGAAAGACAGCCUCGAGAAACGUGCAGCUUUGGUGAGUUUUGGACGUGCUUCGGGGAAGGGAGGCUCGCCGCUCUGAUGGAGCGGUAUCAGCUGCGCGGCGCAUUGGAAGGCUUCCCCUACCUUGAAGGCUUUCUGUCAAUACCACCCGAUAACCCAAGGCCGCUCGUAUGGCAUCUCAGGCACCUAUUGGAGCUGGGGCUUGAUGCCAAUCAGGCGACCGUCAUCCGUUGCCAUGAGGCGGAUAUGCUCGGAGUUGCCCGUCGGAAAUUCGGCUUGGACGCCUCGAGCGGCCGGUUGGACGCCAAAGACAUCAUGAUUCUGAAAGACUUCUAUAUAAAAAUACUUGAAAUUGGAAAGGAGGGAGCGACCAACCCCCUGGACCUUGAACGAGCCCGUGUUGAAGGCAGGUUGUUGGAGUUUCUCCUGCAAGCGCAUCAGGCAACCGGAUGGAGUAGGCACGAUGCGUCGGAGAUAAGGGAGGUCUUGAGAAAGGCGUUUAGUUAA